AUGAGAACGAAGGUGGCAUUUCCUGUGGUUGAUUUCUUUGCAAAGAAUAAUUGGGCGAAAUAUGGGUUGUCAAGAAUGAUGAUGAAUGCUCACGGGUUUUUCUUCUUUAAGUUCAAAACGAAAGAAGGGAUGGAUCAAAUGUUAGAGGAUGGUCCGUGGAUGAUAAGAAAUGUUCCAAUAAUUUUGAAAGAGUGGUCGGCCUCUAUCAAGUUGGAAAAAGAGGAUUUAAAAGCUAUUCCAGUUUGGGUCAAGAUGCAUGAUGUCCCGUUAGCGGCAGUUACUGAGGAUGGGCUCAGUUUACUUGCAUCUAAGAUUGGGGUGCCUAUAAUGUUAGAUUCGUAUACUGCCACAAUGUGUGCGGAAUCUUGGGGAAGAAGCAGCUAUGCAAGAGCUCUUAUUGAAGUGCAAGCGGGGGUUGAGUUAAGAAAGAGUGUUACUGUGGCUAUCCCAUCUAUGGAUGGUAGUGGGUAUUCAAAGGUGGAAGUCAAGAUUGAUUAUGAUUGGGAGCCUCUAAGGUGCCCCUCUUAUUGUGUGUUUGGUCAUGAUGACAGCUUGUGCCCGAAGAACAUUCAGGUAUCUUCUAGUGGGGAUGCUGAAAAGAAUAAUGAUGAAUUUCAGAUGUUCUUGAAGAUUAAAGAUUAG